UGGGAGUUGUACGCAUAAACAUGGCUACUAAUGACAACACGCCAAUUUGCCCAGACUGGGUCUUCCUGAAUAACUCCAAUGUCCACGUGGCGAAAGAUCGAGGCUGGUUCAAGACUUACACUCAUUUUACUUCUCAGAUCAAAUCUUCUCUGUUCUGUUCCCCUAGAUAUCUACCUGUGUUAGGAGUUGGUACUGUGGAGAUUCCAACCAAACGCACGCCAAGCCGGCAUGGUGUAUCUGGCUACGGUUAUCUGCAUCUGAAGCAGGUCUUGCAUGUGCCCGAUUUCAUCUGCAACAUCAUUGGAAGUUCAAAUUUGAUCUCCGAUGGCUAUGAUGGCAAGAACAUUGCGUACUUUAACCGGCAUGUACCACUAUACAGUAUCAGACUCAGAAACCGGCCUGAAGGUCCGAAACUGGGCCCGCAUGUACUUCGAAAGAACGGAAUGUACUUGAUCAGCUGUUAUUGGGUACACAGUGAAGAGCAAAAAUGUUAUUGGGAACCCAGUGAAGAGCAAAGAUGGCUGGAGCAUCAAGCCGGGUAUUAUGUCGACUAUCUGGAAUCAGAAUCAGCAAGCUCCACUGGCGCCAGUUCGCCGGCCAUAGACACCAAUCCGCCGUACAAAAAGGCCGAGAAAAGGUUCCUCGAGAGUAACUGGGACGAUGAGUUCACUUUCCUUAUCAACCAUGGUCUAGAUAUCUACGAAGACGAGGACCGGGAAAAGGGCAGAUUGAUACUGCGGGAACUCAUGCAUGAAGAAGGUCUUGAUGGAGAAAGUGCGAACGAAGAAGAAUCCGAUGACGAAGAAGAAUCUGACGCUGAUUUUUGGGACCGUGCAGAGUUCACUAGUGAACAGCUUGAAUGGAUCGAGACUCACUAUGACAACAUUGACGCGUUCAUGCGAUCGUAUGGGAUGUGUUGCAUGGACUAUUUUCGUUGCAUAGAUGCAAAGGAAAUUGUAGAUGCAUUUUUGAGUGAAGAGCAGCUAUCACAUGCCACAAACGUAUAG